AUGUAUGGCACGCUCCAACAGAUAUGAAAGAACACCCUCACCCCACGCAAUCAUUUUAACUAGGCAACUGCAUAGUUUGUUGUGUCAGUUGACUGUCAAGGCGUGACAUCGGUUGAUUGGUGAGAUCUACGCCAGAAGUAAUCGAUUGGACUUAUUGAUAAUCAAUAACGACCUGCAUUUGGAAUUGGUGAUAAGACAAGUGAAUAACGGGACCAGGAAGUCACAACAAAAAUGGAUGAAGAUACGUGGAUCAGAACAAAUAUCCGACAAAGAAAAUGUACAGUGUUUUCUCGAUUACAGAGGAAAACUUCCUGCAAAUGUUGGCGCAGUGAGAGUGAACACCAGGACCCCGAUUCCAUAAAUGACGAGGACUGGUCAACAUCGCGGAACACAGCAUCUGAACCUUGCAGGAACUAUGGAAAGAUAUACUUCGUCGAAGAAGGCAGGACUUCACAGUAUGUUCGUAUCGAUGUUGAGAGUGAUAUGUCGAUCGUUGAGCAUCUCUUGCUGGAGGUAUGGAGACUGCCUAAGCCAAAGUGGAUGUUCUCUGUCAUAGGAGAUAGACACAAACAAGCGGAUGCAAAGGAGAAGGAAAUUAGGUGCCAGCUGAAAGGCUUAAUGAAGUCGUUUUCCAAUGGACAAAAUAUUUGGAUUACAACCGAAGGCAUAAAUUAUGGGAUUGCGAAAAUGGUUGGAGAUUAUAUCAAAGACGAGCCUUCUAAAUACAUAACACCUGUCGGAGUGUAUGCGUGGGCAGGAGUUGACGACGAAGUUAUUAAAAAACUUGAAACCGAGCAGCCUCAAAUACCAGAGAAGACACAAGGAAACAGACCCAGUGCCCUGUACAAGCAUCACCUCCUGGUGGAUGACGGAUCUCUUAAUCCGUCACAUGUUCACAAGUCGUUCCAAGAUUUUAGAAUGAGAUUAGAAACAUCAAUGACAAAGCAUUCAGAAGGAACAUCCUCUAUACCAUUGGUGGCCGUGUUGUAUUGUGGAUGGGCUUACGUUCUCGAUGGAGUCCAGUCUGCAAUAGAAAACAACGUCCCUGUGGUUGUAUUGAAGGGAACAGGUGGUAUGGCUGAUGUUUUCGCCAGUGUAUUUGAGGACUCCAAAGAAGACAGGACUAGUUCUUCUGGUGACAGUGAAAAGGAAUGGACGGGCACAGUGAUUGAUGACGUGUUACGCAACCACGUAAAGAAGGAGUUUACCAAGGUUCACGAGCAAAUGGACGACGAAGCUGGUCAGUACAAAAUCCUACAAUGCCUACAGAAAAGAGAGCUCAUCACGGUUGUGCACAUUGACGAAAAGGAAACCGCUUUGGUUAAUGCAGUCAUACAGGCACUUCUUAAAAGUAAAACUGUUCCUGAAGUGCUGCAGAUUCUGGACUACUAUAUGCCGGCGAGGUUGUUUGACGGGGAAGGGGCUGCCGCUGCAGCUCUCAACAUCCAGGAACAGAGGAGACAUCUCAGUGAGACAAUAGGCAUGUUCCUUCUUCAAGCGAUGUUGAUGGACGAGGCGGAGAGUGCACAAUUCAUCAUAGACUAUAACGGUGUGGACCUUAAAGAUUUCUUCACUGAGACUGUGAUCUCAGACUUGUGUAAAGUGACACACUGUACACAGCCACUGGAAACCUCAUACAAUCUGUUCCCGCGAUCCAGUGCUACGUCGUAUGGGCCCAAGGAGGAGGUAUUCAGACGUUUAAUGAUGUGGGCCGUGCAGACAGACCGACUGAAAUGCGCUGCGCUGUUUUGGAAGAAAGGAACCCACCUGCUGACAUCGUCCCUGCUGGCGGCAUUAGUCCUCAGGUCUCGGAUGAGGGAUGAAGAGAACAUUGGCAGUCAGAAAACACUAGAAGAACAGGCAAUAUUGUUUCAGAGCAGAGCAAUCGGCCUCAUAAAUAAAUGUUAUGAUGACCACAAAGAAAGGACUAUGAAACUGAUACAGUCACAGUUAGCAGACAACAUAUGGGAGCAGGAUCUGAUGAGAUGUUCUUUGGCUGUUCAUAACCGGAGAAUAUUUGCGACAGAGGCUUAUCGGAAGUACAGUGAACGUGUGUGGUUUGGAAAAAUUAACCCACCCAUACAGGAUAAAUACAAAGAACUUAAGAAAAUGACUAUCAAGGAGAAUGAAACACGCUGUGCUCGCUUGGGACGACUUGUGAUAGCACCAGUUACAACAUAUACUUUGAACUUGCUGUUCUACGUUUGUUUCCUGGGACUCUUUGGCCACACAUUGCUGUUUGAAAUGAAGAAAGAAUUUUCAGCCCUUGAAGGGAUAUUGGUCGGAUGGUGGUUCACGUUUGUUUGGGAGGAAAUCAGACAGAUUGUAAAAAUCAAACAGUCUGAACAGGCCUACUGCUCUAGAGACAAAUGUCAGUGCUGCUGCAAGUGGAAACUCGGCGCAGAUUUCAGGGGAUACUUCUUUGAUAACUACUGGAACAUACUGGACUGUGUUUCCCUUGGGUUCUUCUUGAUUGGUGCUGUACUGAUGACCAUCGUCCAUCUCGACACCUCUAGGAACUAUGUGUAUGAAGCAGCUAGAGUCAUACUGAGUCUCGACAUCAUGUUCUUUACCUGGAGAAUACUUCAACAUCUGGCGAUAUUCCGCAUCAUGGGUCCAGUACUUGAAAUGAUCUUUCAAAUGAUCAAAGACCUGUUUCCGUUCCUGGUGAUAAUGUCGGUUUUCAUCAUAUCGCAAGGCCUGGCUGCACACGCGCUGCUGUAUCCUAACCGUGUCUGGUCCCCUGAAGCUUUGAUUGACAUUCCUAGAAGUGCCUUUUGGAACUUGUUUGGGGAAUUAGGGCUGGAUGAAAUUGAAGCAAGCGAAACCCAGGAUGAGUGUUCGUCUAACCCACUUCUCUUUGAAAACGACACACUGAAUGAAUGUCCAUCCACCUUGGGGAAAUAUAUAGUUCCACUUCUUUUGGCACUGCACAUGCUUCUACUGAAUGUUCUCCUCCUCAACAUCCUGAUCGCAAGAUUCAGCUUCACCUUUCAAAUGAUUCACGAUCAGACUGAAUGGCUGGCAGCGUGGCAAAAGGCGAAAGUGAUACUGGAAUACUACAGCAAACCCCCGGUACCCCCUCCUUUCAACGUCUUCUUUGACGUUGGCUACUUUCUCUAUGUGUGUUGCAAGUCAGUGCAAGUGGCACCAAAAGAGGCAAAGGAUCAGAAUGCAGAAAUGGAUUCUUGGGAGAGGUCCAUGGGAGAAUACUACCUGGCCACUGAGGAAUUCAAAUCAGGAAGCAAGCGAAUGUCUCCACUCGGACAAAAGCACGACAAUAAAGAAGGCAUGGUAAAGACGUUCAGAGCUGUUCCUGAACCGUCGAGUUCAAGUGAAGUAGCUUCGUCAAAUAACGGAAUGGACAUAUUAAAGGUAGAAGAUCUUGUCGGUUCAUUAAGGAAGCAAAUACAGAGCAUGAAGUCUGACCUGAAGGAAGCAAUAGCUACACAAGUCCGUAAGGAGAUGAGAAAAGUCCUGGAACAAUAUGGACCUCGUAGUGCCGAGACACCCAGGAGAGCUGUCCCCGAAAACCAUAUUCUCGCACUGGAUGAUUAUGAUGGUCAAGAGGAAAACGCAUAAGCGUACGAGGACGUAUAUGUACAGACAUUUGCCUCUGCUCACUGUGAAAAGUGGAGGCGCACCUACUGACUCGUUAUUCACAUGAUCGCAACAGUCCAUGCGGAUAGCCAAUCUGAAUAUUUGCCUCUAUGCUCCAUGACAAAAGUGACUGUGAUCAAAUGGUUUAUUUAUCACUGAAUAUUAGGUGUUUAUAUACUCUUACAAAAAGUAGGGGACCAUGAAAUUUAAAUGUUAAUACCAAGUAUUAGAACAAAAAUAAGUGUACACGACAAACAUCCUAUGAAAGAACGUUUGUGUCUGUAACACGAAAACAAAUCCUAUAGCUUGCAGGUGCCUUACGCGGUAGCGCCACACACGUAUGUAGUGUGCCAUUCAUGAUUUUGACCUUCAAGGAAGGUCGACAAAUCUUUGUGGACCAUUUCUGUUCAUCGUAUUGAUCCUGCUUAUCAUAUAGUUGUGAUGUACUUAAUUAAUUUCAUUAUUUGUGUGUGGGGUGCGGGGUCUGCAACGCACAGAGCGUCUACGGGCUAUUGGCAUGCUGGAAACUGGCAGAAGUCAGGGCACAGUGGCCAAUACUUUCAAUGUUUCUCAGUCUGUGGUUAGCAUGAAACACAUACCAACAAACCCAAAAGAUCGUCACAGGUCAGCGACAAGAGUUCAGGAUCGGUUGAUCCGAACCAGGCUCUACGAAAUCGAGAUCAAAUGGCAAAUCAAACUUUCAUUAGGCUACUGGAGUACGAGUUGCGCAUCAGAUGGGCUCGACGGCCACGUAUUGUGCUGCCCCUUACAAAUCUUUAUAGUGCCAACAGACGUCAGUGGUGUUCACAAAGUCGAAACUGUGGUGAUCGCGGCUGGUCACGUGUCAUGUUUUCAGAUGAGCCCCGAUUCUCUUCCUUGAUAGGCGUUGUCGUGCCUGGCGACGUCGAAAUGAACGUCAAGCCAAUGGCAACCUCGUAAGACCUCGUGUCAGAUUUGGCGGUGGAUCAGUUAUGGUGUGGGGUGGCCUCACUAUGAUUGACCGAACCCCACUCCAUAUUGUGCAAGGAAGGGUCACUGGGCAGUAAUAUCGGGACAACAUACUGACACCCUUUGUUGUCCCGUUUGCAAGGCAUGUGGGGCGACGUAUUAUCUUUCAGGACUACAACAUCCAUGCUCACUGUGCACAAAUUGUCAGUGCUCACCUCCAGCAAGACAACAUCCAUAGAAUGCCAUGGCCAGCGAUGACCCCUGACCUUUAUUUAACAAAUCUGGGACACGAUCGUGAGAAGUGAGCACUUAUUACCAGAAAGUAAUAUCGUAGCGUAAGUUUGGAAAUUGGAAAUUAUAUCCGAGUAUCCCCUACUUUUUUGGAAGAGAACAGAAUGGCGUCUGCAUUCAGCGGAAAACCGGACACAGACAAAUCCCCACUCUUUCCUCUAUGUUCCAAAAUAAGCAUACAGAAUUGCAAACAAAUGUUGUUUUGCAAAUGUAAAACGUUAGUGUAGCAAAAUAUAAAUAAUGGCUAAAUAAUACUGCUUGAGUUCUAUUUCAAAAUCGAGGCCGCCCCAAGUAAACCCUUUUUGACCAAAAGAUAACCCAAGUAGUUUACCUAAGAUUACCUUAGUUUGUCCAUGUCAGCACUGAUUUACGUCAUACUUCGGUUGCCCUCAGUUGCCCAUACCCACUGAACCUCUGGGUGCGAUAUUUAUUGAUUCAACCUUGAACAAAAGCAGUUUAAUGUUUAUAAUUAACUAUAUAUUGGUCGUAUAUGUAAUCUGAUUUGCGUUAGGGAAAUUUGUCUUUCGAUUAUUGAUAAAUUUACUUUAGACUCACCAAUGAAACUUUGCUGAUCAUUUUGCAUCUCUGUUUCAUGGUCUUCGUUUGUUUUACUUAUCGUUGUUUAUGCAUUAUUUAGAAAAUGUACAAUGACAGCUUUGUCAAGACAUGUAAUACUUAUAAACCAAUGGUAGCAAUACACAUGACUUUUGUGUUUCUCCCUCUGCUUACCACCAUUUGAUAUUAUAUCUGAGGCUGCAUUUUAUGCGUUAUAUUUUGGAUACUGGCCAAUGUAAUUUUUGCUUAGAUAACCCAGGUUGAAUGUACUCAACCCUGGUUGCCAGACAUGUGGUAACAUUGGUUGACUCAGGUGACGUACCGUUUUUCGUGUGAAAGUCUUUGGCAAUUUUCAUGACAGAGGCACGUGCAGGUAUAGAAGAAAGUCCUUGUGAUUUAUUAAUCAUUGAAACAUGUUUUGUAUGAAUUAAAUUAAGUAUUCUGGGUUUUUUACAGUAAUAAUUCUGGUAGCCUUGGCUUUCAUCAGGGGUAACAGAAAUCAUUUCAUAAUUUGAUCCCACCCUAGAGAGAUAAUGUAAACGCUAGUAAUAAAUGGUCGAGGUUUGUUGAAAUCACAAUCCCUUUACAACUAUUCCACACUGACUGACAAGUAUGAAAGCAUUUUUAAUUGCAUGAUUGCUUAAGGGAUGUGUUACAAAUAUAAAGUGUCCACACCAUACUGACAUCACUUUCUUAAUGAAACUAUGUACAUGUCAUUUGGCGUGCUGUUCCCAUGGGUGCAUGCUUUCAUUCUUUACAAGAGUGAGACCACUUAUAAACGACUUUUCCAAGCUGUAAAAUACGAAUUCCCUGACCACUCGCCAUCUUGUGUUUUCUGGGACUUUGAGACUGCUGAAAGAAACAAUGUGAAGACUGUGUUCCCCACUACAGAUGUCAAAGAGUGUUAUUUCCAUUACACCCAGUGUUUGUGGUGAAAGGCCCCGAGAACAGGACUCCAGCAUCUGUACCAGACAGAUGAUGAUGUACGUCGUUUUGUGAGACGAGCAGCUGCCUUGACACUAGUGCCAGUGAACUUGGUAGAAGGUGUUUGGUUUGAGGUUAUCAACAAUGGUCCAACGCAUAUUGACACUGUUUCAAGAUUUGCUGACUAUGUGACUGAACAAUGGGUGGAAGACCUACUGCCAUGGCAGUCCUGGAACCACUUCCAGACAGAGGGGCCCAGAACCACCAACCAUGGUGAGGGGUGGCACAGCACAUUAAACAAGAGUAAAAAGAUGUUAACUGUACUGAAAAGAGAACAAGCCGUGACAAAAAUAAGUAUUUAGCAGCUGAACCAAAAUGACGUCACAAGACCACAGAAAAGAAUUUCAGAGAGCUUGGAGAAACGUUGAACACCCUUAUGUUGGAAUUUACUACUGACGAGACCUGAUGUCGUAUGUAGAUGCAGUGUCACAUCGUCUGCACAUUCCCAGUGUCAGAGACAAUUGACAAAAACGUUUGUAAAAUUAUAUGACAUUGAAGCUCUCAUUACAUGUAAAAUGUGUUCAUGUAACCAUUGAAAAUAAUAAUGUGUGAACAUGCUGAUGCUGAAAUAAAACCUAAUAAAAUAUUAUCUAAAACAUCCCUUUGUAUUAUAUUAUAUCUUAUAAUUAUGCGAAUUAAUCUAAUUAUACGUUGAUGGCAGACGGUCACUUCAUAGAUAUUACCUGAAACAGACUAUAGUCAAACAGGCUAUAGAAAUGUCAGUUAACAGCUUGGUCACACACCGCUGACUUUGAGAGGCACUGGACCGAUUUGGAGCUUGUUGAAAUGAACCCAUCAUUAUAAGGAGCAGUGUUUGCACUUUAAGAACAUGUUUGGUAUUCAAAAAGGCAAAAUUGGUUAUUUAGUUACCGCCUAAGAGGUAACUAAAAAUGAAGGGAAUUAAACAUUUUUUGUACAUAAGCAAAUAAAAAAUACAAGGAGGCGGUCCCUCAAUCUUGACCUCGUCUCAUAUAUAACAACCAUAACAUAUAUAUUGUACCCACAGAGGCUGCAUGUCAUUUACAGCUCUUGUACAGGAUGAGCUGUUCUUUAAGGAUUUAUGUAGAAGCAAACACCAUCGUCAUAAACUAGUUGUACUUCCGGGAAAUCUAUGAGCAACCUUUACAUGUUGCUUUUACAGAGCAAGUCAAUCGUGACAUAUUGUUUCAAAACAAUACCCUGUGCAGAUCCGUGGCUGAAUAAGUCAUUAGUACCCCAUGUGAGUUGUAACAGCAGAAUAACAUGAGGAUCGGGAGAACCUGGCAUCAUCACUAUAUAGUCGGAAUCUUACAAGUGACUGGCUCUGAAUAUGGUAGUUUUUGUCGCUUUUUUCAGUAACAAUAAACGUCAUAAUUACACAUUGAUGACCGUAUUCAAAAGUUUUAUUCCAAAUGUUCAGACCCCAAGUAUA